AUGCUACCAUUCCGACCCGCCGCCGAACCCAGCCGGGCCAGCCCCCAGGACCCCCCGGGACAAGGGACUGCCAAAGAAAGGCAAUCCGAGUCGGGACUGUCGGGUACACCACAGAAAGCUUCAGAUGAUACCGACCAACAUCGAGUUGCCCGUGAUGCCGAGAUUGACAACGGGAGCGAGGCUAGUACGACGCCGGAAUCGUUGGACCCAACGGGCCCAGAGCAGAACAUGCCCAUCGCAACCUACCGGGCACCUUCAGUGCUUCCUUCGGAGGACCCGACGUCAUCUGGAGGGCCUUCCCUCGCCCUGCCGAGCCUGGUCGGCUUGGAUAAGCUGCCGAUUCCGCGGCCGACGAGAUCGCUGGAAUGGCCCGAGCUACCUCUACAUCUUGAGUUUGACCAGGCGAUUCGGGAGACACCAUUCGAAGUCCACAUUGAGGGGCCUUCCGAGUCAUCGACCACUGUUGAUACGGCAUGCCUGAACCCGGAUGACAACCCUCCUCUUCCCUGGAAAUUCGAGUUUUGGUGGGAAGCUGGAACCCUCCACUCCUCGGCAGGGACCCUGGAGUCCGCGUUCCUAUCCUUGUCUUGCCGGUCCACCAAGGUUAUCGGCGCGACGGUGGGUGGCAGCAAUGGCGUUUCAGAGUCCACUCGCGCCUCAACUAUGCUCGUGCUGGUACCGACACCCGACGUCCCCCUACACAUUGCCGUGGAUAACGAGGACAACGCUCGUUGGGCCAGGAAGCAGCGACGGGGAGAACUGGUCGGAGCCCUUAGAGUGCACUUCUGGAGGACCCACACAGGUUCCCAGGGAGCCAACGGACCGUACCGGGAGACCAGUCAGCACAUCAGCAACUUUUCUGCGUCAGCCCCGUCUACCACAGCCACACCAGCUCGGCCAUCGGCAACGGGAGGCUCUUCGCGUCGCCUUCUCGGCGGCGGGGGAUUUGGCAGCGGUGAGGACGACGACCCGCAGGAUGGCGAUGGUGGUGGAUUCCGGCAUCCAGAGGGCGCAAUGCGGCAGCAGACCCGCCGUUUCGCCUGCCCUUUCCAGAAAUGGCGGCCCCAGAUAUUUAGGCACUGUCUUCGCCGUCACCGCAAUGUAUCCGAGGUGAAGAGGCACGUAAUCGACAACCAUUAUAUUUUCCGGUGUCCUCAAUGCCAUACCUCCUUAAGAACACCGCUAGCCCGCACGGCACACUACACCAACACCGGAUGUGGCGCCACGCCAACGCCGGACCUGACGCCUGGCCACAUCAGUGAGCAGCAGCUUGCCAUUAUUAAGAGGCGCCCCGUAAGGAAGAGCCUCGAACAACAAUGGCGGGAUCUUUUCCGUACCAUCUUCCCGAAUGAACCCCAGCCCCGGGACGUUUACGUCGACCGUCGAGUUGACAGGACAAUACGAUACAUCGAGUACCAAUAUGACACGUGCUGUAGGUAUUUCCUCCGCAAGCACCAAGCAGAGCGGGCACGUGAGGACCCCUUCUUGGACCAAUUCGAGACCCUCGAGGCACAACGCGAAGCAGUGGCUGACCAGUUCAUUCCUUCGGUAAUGCUCGAUUUGGACGGCCAGGGAACGCCUGGCUGGUCCCCGCCCUCAGCCUUUUGGUCUGGUCCCCGAGACUACGACAAUCAGAUCCGGAGUACGGCACAUGGUACCCCCCUGACUCUGGACGCACUGGGACAAACCCACGGCGAGCCCACAGAACCGUACACCGUUCAACCGCUGGAACCCUCGCAUGUCUCCCCGCCCCCCUUCAACUGGGAUAUCGGUUCGCCAUUCAACCUCCAGCCCACCAUCCAGCCCACCAUCCUACCCGACGCAACGCACGCCGUGCUAGGCUACCAUUCGAUGCCCACACAGCUUGUGGAGCAACAGCCUCCAGCGGUUCCUCAACCCGGGCAGGCUUUUGAGCACCAGGUCGACCGCCAAACCGACGAGGACAUAUUUGCAAUAAUAGCCUCCCAUCAUACUCACAACGCCGGCAAUACCAUGUCCCAGUUAGAUUCUCUCGACGAGAACCACAUCGGUAACAACAACACCGCAUUCUCCGUUGGCUACUCCGUAUUUGCAGGGGCGCCAUCUCUACCAGCGCCCCAAAGACUGGCUCCUGUAGCUACGGCUGCUGACGGUUCUUUGUACACGCCGCCACAACCUAAAGGAAAUUCUGACGAUGCGGCAACAGGUCCGUUGGCUACCUUGGUUCACCGUCACAUGCAAUGGGCCGACAUUGGGCCGAUCACUCCAUCCCACUCUACUUCAUCAUACGUGCCGUACCAAGACAUGUAA